CGCCCAUUAUAUAAACCAUCAAGGCCCUGUGGUCGAUCUUCUAUACCUCCUAGCAUCAAUCUCCACCUCCAGAUCCUGAUCAACAUCCGAUCAAUUCUCCGAGUUAGAUCAACAAGAUCAUCGAUUCCCUCAGAAGCAAUUCUCCACAUCUUUUCCUUCCAUCAUGCAGCUCACAAGCAUUCUCGGCCUCUGCUUAGUCGGUCUAGCCGGUUCCGCCACCGCGAUGCCCAGAUUCGCCCGUCCACACAACGGCCAACCUCUCGCAAUCCACGUCCCCAUCAACGUCACGACUUCUCACAUAGCAACAACUACCGGCACGCCAGUGAAGAAGCCUUUGACGACGGGAACCCCAAGCAAGAGCAAUGGCACACUCCAUUCCUCCAAAACUCAGGGCUCGGCCAGUCUCCCCAAUCAUAUCAAGCACAUCAACCACUGUUCGGAGUUGUGCUCUUUGGAGGCGCAGACUUGUAACGUUGCCGUGCCGGAUGAUGAUAAGUUCUGCUGGCAAACGUAUCUGCGGUGUAUUGAACGAUGCCGACCUGAUGAUUUCCAGUGA